AUGAUGCGCUCUGCCCUCCUCCGCUCUUCUGCCCCAGCUGCCAAACGCUACGCCAGCUCAUCCACAUCCGCGGCAGCAAAGUCAAGCACCAGCGCAUCCCACACAACCGACACAUAUACCAAAGAGGUGGAUUCGACCCCGGCCACAGACCCCAAAGUCCACCGCGUCGAUCCUAGCUCGGAACGCGUCCAGAAACCCUACGAGGCGCCGUCGAAUCCAUACAGCCAGACCGGAGUUGAGGCUGGUGUUAAGAAUGCCCAAGGAAAGCCGGAGACGAAGAAACAACAAUAA